GUAAACGCGACGCGUCAUCACGUUGCGUGUGACGUUCGUGUGUUUUUUUUGGGAGCAAGAGAAAGUAGGGCUAGGAAAGGGAUUCUGUUAAAUUCGUAAUCAGGCUGCAAUAAUCGUAAAUAUCGUUGCGUGAUUAAUUGGUUACAGAUGACGGGAACUGCGGCUUGCUGAGGGGCGCAGGAUUCGUGACAGGAUGGCUGGCUGUGGUGAGGUUGACCAGUCUGUCAACAUGCUUCCUUCAAGCCGGAAGGGAGGUGGGGAGGCGUGCUCUGGCCCGGGCAGCUCGUCCCCUGCCCUUCCAGUUCCGGAGUGUGCCAUCUGCCUGCAGACCUGUGUCCACCCGGUGCGGCUCCCCUGCCGGCAUGUGUUCUGCUUCCUGUGUGUGAAGGGUGCCUCCUGGCAGAGCAAGAGGUGCGCCCUCUGCAGGCAGGAGGUCCCCGAGGACUUCCUGGAGCGGCCCACCUUACUGUCACCCGAGGAGCUGAGGGCAGCGGGCCGUGGCCACGGGGACUACGCCUGGUACUACGAGGGCCGCAACGGCUGGUGGCAGUAUGACGAACGCACCAGCCGCGAGCUGGAGGAUGCCUACGCCAAGGGCAAAAAGAGCACAGAGAUGCUGAUCGCUGGCUUCCUGUAUGUGGCGGACCUGGAGAACAUGGUGCAGUACCGGCGUAAUGAGCAUAGCCGGCGCCGCAGGAUGAAGCGGGACAUCGUGGACAUCCCCAAGAAGGGGGUAGCGGGACUCCGCCUGGAUGCAGACACUGGGGCAGCGACACCCGAUCGGGACAGCUCGGCUGACGGCGCGGACGCUGCGGGAUCACAGGCGGGGUCUGUCCAGCCCCCCACCAGCCCCACAUCCCCCUCCACUGACAGCAGCUCUGUCGAAAGCUCCCUCGCCCAGCUGCACAUUUCCCUGCCGGCCAGGCAACAUCGGCCCAGGGCUGAGGACGAGGAGGAGGAGGAUGAGGACGAAGAGGACGAAGGCGGGGAAGUUGCCCCAAACACCUCUGUGGACGAGUCUGAGUCAGGGAGCAGCGAAGACGAGGAGUAUGAGGACUAUGGACGGGAGGAAGCCGACCACGAUACAGCACCAAGUAGGCAGGGAUUGCCACUGCAGGUUAAUUUAAGAGAGAGCCAGGGGGAUUUGUCGCCCCCUGGUGCUGAGUCAUCCGGCAGCAGCGGUGCUGGGAGCAGCAGUAGGUCAAGGAGACCAGAUGGUCAGUGUACUGUGACUGAAGUGUAACCUUUGACCUUCCUGGUCUCAAACCAACCCAACAACUGGAACAAGAAAGUUGCACUAAACAAGGUUAACCUCCACAUUUCUAAAACCUGCUAUUGUCUGAGUAUCUAGGCACACCUGUGCUGGGAUGGAGGGAAGACAAAAUUUACCAAUAAAGAAACAAAACUAAUAAUAAUUAAAAAAAAAAAAAAAAAACUUAAUGGAGACCAAGAAAGGUAUCUUUUCAGAGUAAAUCUUAUGUAUCUAUUAAUAGGGCUGAUAUUUUUUAGUGGUUUAUUUUGUCAGUGUUUAGGCUGUUAUGGACUCAUUAAAAAUGUAUAUUAUGCUAUUUCCUUCUGUUGGUCGGUAUCCAAAAUAAUGUCCUAAAUAUAUGUGCGUCAUAAGCUAAGCAUGGUGUUUGGGUGUUGAAUUCAUAUUCCAUCUUAAUAUUAUAUAAUAUGCAUAACGUGCAUGUGUUAUCUGAGAAAGGUAAUAAAUCGUUUUGGCAGAAGACUCAAUUUUUGUUUCUAGGAUUUAGUUAAAUUUUUUUGGGUCUGGUUUUGGAGUCAUAAUCUGGAAUUGAAGAUUUAUGUACAUUCAUCUGACGUUAUUUUUCAUUCAGUAUUUUUACCUUUUACUACCAAUGUUCACUGUCCUGUGUUCGCUUCCAAAUUGUCUUGCAGUCUUUUAGAAAGUAUAGCUUUUCCUCUAUUACUUGUUUUACUGUAAUAUUUUGUUACAUGAUUUGUAAGUUAACAUUAAUAAAGUGUCUCAAUUUCUCAUCCAAAA